AUGGGCGAUGUCAGGAUUGUUGAAGUCGGCCCACGAGAUGGCCUCCAGAAUAUAUCUCAAGUCGUUCCUACCGAAGUCAAAGUUGAACUGAUCGAGCGACUCGCCCGCUGUGGUCUUUCUAUUAUCGAAGCAACUUCGUUCGUCUCACCUAAAUGGGUCCCUCAGCUAGCUGAUGCUAGGCAAGUCUUGCAACGUAUUCGUCCGUUAAUGCAGCAGCCCGAGAGACGCUUUCCGGUGCUCGUCCCGAAUGUGCAAGGACUGGACCUCGCACACCAAAACGGAGUUAGCGAAGUAGCAGUUUUUAUAUCGGCAACAGAAGGGUUUAGCAGGCGGAAUAUCAACUGUAGCGUUGAUGAGUCCCUGGAGAGGGUCAGGAUGGUUGCAAAAAAGGCUAGUACUCUGGGUAUCCAAAUGAGAGGAUACGUCUCAUGCAUCUUUGCUGACCCAUACGACGGUCCCACGCAGCCCAGCCAGGUCAUCAGAGUUACCCAGGCCUUACUGGACUCCGGAUGCCACGAAAUCAGCUUGGGCGACACCACUGGUGUGGGAACACCUGCAGACGUGAAAAAACUUUUCGAGGAAAUGCUGAGGGUAAUUCCAGCAUCCAGACUAGCCGGGCACUUCCACGAUACAUACGGUCAGGCAAUCGCAAAUGUCGUGAAAAGCUACGAAAUGGGAAUCCGAACCUUUGAUAGCAGCGUUGCUGGGCUUGGAGGCUGCCCUUUCGCCAAAGGCGCGAAGGGCAACCUCGCCACCGAAGAUCUGGUCUAUACACUGCAGAAGAUGGGCUUGUCAACCAGUAUCAGUUUAGACGAGCUCGUGUCCACCGGCACCUGGAUAUCCCAGAAACUAUGCAUUCCGAAUGGAAGCCGGGCGGGUGCUGCACUUGCAGCAAGAGCUGGUGACAGAGAGACCGCCAACGCCUCGAGAAGCACAUCAGGAAGUCGUUGGGCACUCCUCAGAUCCACAGACGAGUACCGUGUGGAUCGUAGAGGAGCGAGUAUCAAGAUCUGCCUAACAAGGGCAAGGAACGGGAACGCCCUGACGAGCUCAAUGAUAAAAGGUUUGACUUCGCUGUUCAAGGAGUUUUCUAGAGACAAUAGUGUCUUCCACAUCGUAUUAACAGCAGAAGGCAAGUACUUUUGCACCGGCAUGGACUUAAGCAAGAACAAUGAAUCUCCUGAACAGCAAUUCUCAAGACUCAGAGGUCUUUUUGAAGCGAUCGACGACUGCCCGAAAACGACUGUUGCAGCUGUCAAUGGGCCUUGCUUUGGGGGCGGAGUUGGCCUCGUCUCUGUGUGUGACUUGCGGGUUGUCGCUUCAAACGCAACUUUCAAGCUCAGCGAAGUUCAGCUCGGUCUCUGUCCUGCUGUCAUCUCCAAAUAUGUUAUCCGGGAAUGGGGUGGUAGUUUUGCUCGAGCAGCAAUGCUGACGGCGCGGGAAGUUAAGCCGUCAGAGCUGGCGGCUAUUCACGUUGUCUCUGCAGUCGUUGAGGACCAGAGGGCCUUGGACAGAAAGGUGGAGGAAGUUCUGGAUCGCUUGCGCUUUGCUGCGCCGCGUGCGUCGGCUUUGUGUAAAGAGCUUGUGAGGAGUGCCUGGGUUGAUGGCGGUCAAGAGCAACAGGCAAAGACAAUCAAAGGGGCCUUUGAUUCUAUGAUGGCUGAAGACUCGGAGUCUACCUAUGCUCUCAGUCAAUUCCGAAAAGGGAUCAAGGGGAUUGACUGGGAAGCAUAUUCUCAAAGAGCGCAGUCCAAGCUUUGA